CCAAGAUCUCUUCCAAAUCUGACAUUGUUUUAAAUUCUAUGUUUUAAAUUCCGACUUUCUCACCAGCCCAAUCACUGUUCCAAACACCCAUCCACACGCCCAGGAGCCUCUCCCACACAUGCCCUGUCCCACAGAAAGCUCUGGUCCCAUCACUUUUGGGAGGUGGGGAGGACAAGCUCAGGAAAGAGAGCUGGGAUGCCAAACAGUCUGAGAGUGGCCUAGAGAGGGUACAAUGGGGGAGGGGGUCACCAUACUGUUCCCCAGGGCUAGGUCUCCCGAUCCUUUCCUCUAGCUGGAGGCGGGGGCUCCAGUUACAGCCCCCCUUCUGUCCACCCUCCCCACACUUCCCUGCCUCAUUGGCUGACUGUGGGAGGGGCGCGGCCUGGGCUGCAGCCAGAUGUUGGGAGCAGCAGGAGAGAGGGAGAACAGAGCCGUCCGUCCUCCCAACUCCACUCCAGCGAUCCCUGCCCAAGCCACAGACGUCCUGUAGCAGCGGCUGCUGGAGUGGAGAGGGCCUGGGGGGGGAGGUGCUGGCCCCAGUUGGGGCCUUUCUCCCUAGUCGGGAAUGCGCAGCUCCCGGCUGGAUAGCUUCCUGGGACAGUUCCGUCUGGAGUUGCUCAGCUCAGCUCAGCCCAGCCCAGCCCGACCCAUCCUGGCCCAACUUCUCCAUGCCUGCUCUCCACCACCCCCGGGCUGCCUGCAGCGGGUGCUGACUUGCCUGCUGGGGAACAUGCUGCAGCCUGCCAGCCUGAAGAAAGCAGGGAGCCAGGAGGUUGGGGGGCCAGGCACGUGGCAGCUGCUGCCGGCUGGGCAGGGUUACGCGUGCCAGGGGGCCAGGCAGGCUUUUGCUGUGCGGGCGGGAAGAGCCAGGCUCCCCACGGAUGCAGGGUCCCUCACAGCCACCCCCCCCAGAGCCAGCCAGUGGCCCCCGGCCCUGCCACCCACCACGAGCCUCGGAUGCCUCCGAAGCAGACUCGGCCUGCUGCCUAGAAGAGGACGAGGAGGAGGGAGCUGCACUGUCCCACUGUGAACGCACCCUAGACUGGGACUCAGGCUACUCAGAGGUGUCAGGGAGCACCUGGAGGGAUGAGGAUCGGCCAGUGCUUAGGAGGGUGGGCCGCCUACGGGGCCGAACCAGCCCCCCAUCUGGACGUCGACCGCGCCCCAAAUCUACUUCUGACAUCUGUCUGGAGCAGUGGCGGGGACUAGAUGCAGAGGACUGGACAGCGUGUCUACUGUCCCGGAGCCGAAGCCGCCAGCCCCUGGUGCUAGGGGAUAACUGCUUCGCAGACCUGGUGGAGAACUGGAUGGAGCUUCCUGAGGCAGCUGGUGAAGGGUGCCCGUCGGCGCCCCCUCGCUGGUUGGGAAAGCCCCACCACUUCUUGCUCAACCUCUCGGACCAUCUCAGGCGCAGGCUGGGUGGGGGCGGGGGCCGGGCCCGGGGCCCCUCUGGAGCCGUGGCAGCCCCCCAAAGGAGCAGCCCAGCAGCCAUGGCCGCCAAGCGCCUGUCCUGCCCCCCUGCCCCUGGGUGCCCCCUCCCCUCACCGGACCUUGCUUCAGACUUUACUCACUUUGCUGCUCUUAUGAGGAGCCGCAGCCGUCAGCCCAUCAUUUGCAAUGAUGUCAUUGGUUACAUUUGACACCUCUUCUCUCCACCCCCAUCCCCAACCACGGACAAUAAAGGGUUUUCUAUCAGA